UUUACAGGACUGUAGUUAUGCGGCAUAACGCAAAAUAUCCAGCAGAGGGAUCUUGCUGGUCACAUAAAUCUCCCGCGGCUCUUUAGUUAUAUCUUUAAAUGGAACUGCACAGCUGAAUUGUGCCGUUGAUAAAACCCAGAAUUUCCUGUCUUCAGUGUGAUCUAUUGCACUUUUCUCUGCAUGUGCGUCUUCAGAAGGAAAAGUGAAAGCUACUCGAAAAGAAGAAAAGGAUGACAGAAUAGAUUGUGGUCAUAUUCAGGAAGCCUCAUCGCACAGAGAGAGUGAUGAUCAUGGCAGGAAGUCUGAAUACUCCAUCAUGAAGCAGGGUAAUCGUUCACAUACACCUGGAAGCACAGCCCUGUCCUGCCUUGUCACGCCCUGCCACGCGCUGUUCCUCCCCACCCCCUUCAAGAUCUGACUAUGGUCUGCCAAAGACAGAAAGCCAGCAACUCAGUAGCAGUGUUCAGUGUGUCACUGUAACAAUCUCUGUAACAGUGUUCAAUGUGUCACUGUAACAAUCUCUGUAACAGUGUUCAGUGUGUUUCUGUAACAGUGUCUGCAACAGUGUUCAGUGUGUUUCUGUAACAGUGUCUGUAACAGUGUUCAGUGUGUUUCUGUAACAGUGUCUGUAACGGUGUUCGGUGUGUCACUGUAACAAUCUCUGUAACAAUGUUCAGUGUGUUUCUGUAACAAUCUCUGUGACAGUGUUCAGUGUGUUACUUCAACAGCGUCUGCAGUUUCAUAUCUGUAUGAAAGAUGAUCAACUCUGUUUUCUAAGCAGAACAUCCAGGUGUUCAGUAUGACAGAGCAGCCAUUCUACCCAGCCCCGCCCACCAUGGGGUACCUGGAUGGCAACUAUUUCCCACAGCAUGACCCCACAGCACUGUGCCACAGCUAUCUGUCCACUGGGGGCUCCACUGAGCUGCAUCAGUCAUCCCCACCCUUCUACCCCAGCUUCUCUGCCCCUGAGAGCCCCUAUGCUACUGGAGUAGCCCCACCCCCACCCGGGAGCCCGUUGCUCAGGCUUGCUGGGAAAUCUGCAGCUCCUGUGUGGGACUCCCAGCCUGCAGGGGGCACCCUGGCGCAGAGUAAGAGCAGCCCCAGAGAGGGUUACCAGCUCAGUGCCCUGCCCCAGGGCAGCAGUGCCCUGCAGAGGCUGGACUCCUUCUCCAGCGCCUUCGCCAGUCACAAUCUCUGCAUGUUCCGAAGCUCCGCCCCCAGUCUGGACAUGCCCCUCCCUUUCUGUCUGACCACACCCUCUGAUGUAUUCCUUCAGCAGCUCCUAACCCACAGACCCCAGCAAACAGAGAUUCAGCCAAUGGGGGCCCAGCAGACAUGCCCAGAGUUGGAGUCUGAGCAAAUGAGCAGCUGUGACCAGAGACAUACCCUCAGUGCACAGGAUGCUGUACAGCUGCCGCAUGGAUACCUGCUGCAGGAACAGUACUGCCCCCUGCAGCAGCACCAGGAGAUGAACUAUCUCCUGUAUUCCGGCCCAACAGCAAACCCUGCCACUCAAACCUCAAACCCCUCCCACUCAACAGCAAACCCUGCCACUCAAACCUCAAACCCCUCCCACUCAACAGCAAUCUCCAUCCCCCAAAACUCAAACGCCUCCCACCCUACAGUUAACUCCAUCCCCCAAACCACAAAUCCCACCCAAACACACAAUAACUCGGCACACCCAUUUGCUAACCCCGCCCAUCAGAACACCCACUCCACCCAACUGUCUCCACCCUUCUCCUCCUCAUACAGUCAGGUCUGUAACUUCCAGCUCUAUUCUCAACCUGACCCUACCCCCUCAAUCCCGCGCACUCACUUUUACUACCAGAACCACCACCAAAACCAAAACCAGAACCACCACCUGAACCAGAACCAGAACCACCAGCAGACUCCUCAGCCAAGCAGUUUCCAGGCACAGCAGCAGGUGCAGAUGCUGAAGGAGUCUGAGCCCCUCUCCUGCGAGCAGUCCUGCUCCGACUCCAGGUGCCCCACCCUGCUCUGCCCCGCCCUGCUUAGCCCCGCCCAUCUGAGCCCUGUGGAUCCAAACCCCUCCUUCUGCCAGCCACACCCCCUGCUUGCAGCCGCCACUCACAGCCCGCGGCACCAGAAUCUCAGGUCAGAGAUGGACUUCCAUGGUGCCGCCCAGCCCCAGUGCUGCUCGCCCAGCGCCCCCCAGUGGCGGCAGGUGUUCUCAUCAGUCCCGGAGCAGGAACUGUAUCAGGAUCACAGUGUGCUGGUGAAGCUGAUGGAGACAGACGUCCCCAGGCUGCUGUGCUCUCUAUGUCAGAAGGAGUUUAAGAGUCUGCCGGCUCUAAACGGCCACAUGCGCUCUCACGGGGGCGGGGUCCCGCCCAAAACGCCAUUAAAAAUGGGGUGUGGCUCAGGGGCGGGGCCGGAGAAGAGGAGCCGUUCCCGCUCUGUGCCACUCAUCAGCGCCUCCUCCAAUGGCGCGGUGCUGUUCCAGAGCCUGCUGCGCUCACCCGCCCUGCUGGGACAGGCCCCGCCCUACACUCCGCCCCCCAUGCUUUGCCCCACCCGCCACGGCUCUGGGCUGUUCAACAACAUCUGCCCAGGAGCCCCGCCCCCUGGUACAUCUCCCACCCUCUCCCCCCCUCGAGUACUGCUCACCAGGACCAGUAGCUUGGACAGCAGCGUUAAAAGGGAGAUUAUGAGCUCCGAAGAGAAGCUGGUGCAGAUCAAGCCGCAGAUCAAUAUUGGGCUGCAGUUCCAGGCUGUGAUUCCUGAGCUGCAGAGAGUGUCCCACAUAGACAGGGAUUCCCAAAAGGCCCAACUGCUCUGGUCCCCCCAGGGGGUCCAGGAAAUCCCAACCAAGCAGAGAGUAGAUGCCUUGUUGAACAUGGCAUGCUCCAGCAUCCUGCCCGGAGGCGGGACUAACACAGAGUUUGCUCUCCACUGCCUGUUCGAGUGCAGGGGAGACCUCCUGGCCACACUAGACAGGCUGCUCAUGCAGAAACCUGUGAGACACAAGUCUAACCCCUUAGCAUACUACCACUACGCAGGAUCUGAUAACUGGACGCUUGUGGAGAAGAAACAGCUGAACAGAGCCUUUAUCCUGCACAAUAAGGACUUCUUCCUCAUACAAAAAAUGGUGAAGACUAAGACUGUCUCGCAGUGUGUGGAGUAUUACUACACCUGGAAGAAGCGACUUCGCCUGGGGAAGAGAGAGGGGUACGCACAGGUGCGUCCAGCCAGCCUGGGGCCCAUCACUGGGGUACACACCCCCAAAUGCCGGGAUGUGCAGGAGGAGGAGCUUAUAUCUGUGGAGCUAGAUGGCAUUAAACAGGAAGUCAGUGCCUACUGGUCAACUGGCUUGGAGAAUCCAGUAGCCAAUGAGAUUGGAGACUUUAGUUGUGACAUUCUGGCCAGCGCUUCUACCUCGUCCUCCCAGAAGGCCCUGAACAGCCGAGCUCAGAUCCGCAGCAGGACAGUCUCCGCCCCCACGCCCCCAGCAGAGAGGAUCCUCUCCAGCCCCCCCCUCCAGCCUGCCCUUGACCCUGCCCCCCUGCCUACCAUAGGCUCCGCCCUCAGAUCCCCCUCCCCCGGCAGUGCUGACGCAGGCCCCGCCCACAUCUUCCCCUGCAAGGAAUGCGGGAAGGUGUUUUUUAAGAUUAAGAGCCGUAACGCCCACAUGAAGACCCACCGGCAGCAGGACGAUCCCCAGGACUGGCUCCACCUGCGGCCUCUCAGCCACCCCGCUACACCUGCCCCUGUGCCUCCACCCACCAACCACCCCGCUACACCUGCCCCUGUGCCUCCACCCACCAACCACCCCGCUACACCUGCCCCUGUGCCUCCACCCACCAACCACCCCGCUACACCUGCCCCUGUGCCUCCACCCACGAACCUCCUGGCUCUUAAGGAACCCUUCUGUAUCCAGAGGGAGGAAGAGGAGGAGGAAGAAGAAGAGGACCCCUUCCUCCCAGUGCAUGCCCUGUUACAAAUGGAAACAGGGCAGUUUAAUAAGGAGGAGCUGUGAUUGGUGGUUUAUUCCAGAUCCUGCGCUUCUGUAAGGGACGUCAC